CGCAGACACAUCCCGCCAUUAUACUUCCGGUUAUGUAGUUUCCACAGUAUUUGUUUAUUUUUACGAUUAUAAAGCUGAGGCCUCAAUAUGGUGUGGCCUAAAUUAUUGGAUAUGACACGUGAUGAUUCAAAGAGGGUGUUACGGAGACUAGAGCUAGAGGCUUACUCUUCAUUGGUGUCUGCUCUACGGGCUCAGGGUGAUUUGACAAGUGCAAAAAAGUCAUUCCUGCAAAAUGCUCAGAAUCUCUUCAGUAUAUCCACAGAGAGACAUAGAGCUGAAGUGAGACGUGCUAUCAAUGAUGAGAAACUUACAACAAUCGCAGACAAUAUGUCUGGACCAGUCACUGACUCUGAAUGGUUGGUUGAAGGAAGGCGUUUGAUUCCUUUGAUGCCUCGCCUUGUGCCACAGACUGCAUUCACUUUGACUGCAAAUCAUCUGGCAAAUAUCCAAGCGGAGAAGAACUUUGUGAUGCCAAAUCCCUCACAGACAGGAAACAAAGACCUGAAUGCUGUCCCUACAACUAAUGCAAAUGUGGUGCCAUUCAGUGGUAAAGCAAGACCAAGUAGCCCAACUUCUAAUGUGGUUGUACUUCCCAGUGGAAUGUCUAUACAUAUUAAGGGUGGCCUAAAUACUGAAGAAGAGGAUAUCCAUAAGAAGAAGAAAAGAAGUAAUUCUACUGAAGCUAUGUAUGUGUCACGUGCCAACACAUUGCCAACAGGAACUAAAUUCACUCCAGCAAGUAGUGGCAAUUUACAAGGAAUCUCCCCAAUGAAGAUCACAUUUACUAAAAGUCCAGCUCGUAGUUCUACCACAGUAUCUCAGGCACAGAAGGUGAUAUUGGUGUCAGGAUCAGGGGCCAGCACACCAAACAUACUUCAAAAAUCUCUCACUGUCCCUGUUGUUAAGUCAACCCCUGGGACAACAAAGGGCCCAAUUGUGAUUGGCUCUAGCGCAUCAAAUAUUGUGACAGUUGGCACUUCUGCCGUGGCGACAUGUACAACAACUUAUUUAGGCAAUACAUUAACAUAUGGAAAACCACGUCCAAAGACUGUCACCACAACAAAGCAAACAAGAGGCAUUGUUAUACCUGUUGGCACACAUAAUAGACUCUCCUCUAUGGCAUCAAGUCAUCCUAACCUACAAAGCAUUCAGAUCAAGUCAGUCUCAAAGCCAACCAUACAGAUCAAACAAGAAGGCUCUAUGAAGAUUAUUACACAAAGUUUGCCAUCAUCAAGCAAGAUUUUACCCAAGCCUCCUAGUGGGAAUCCUAUUGUCAUGGUAACAAGUCAGUCAUCAUCAUCUGGAAUUACUAUAGGAGGAGCAAAAGCAUCUUCCACUCAAGCGGGCAAAGUAUUGAGUAUUACAACUCAUGGAAAUAAAGUUAUAGCUACAACAACAUCUCGCCCAAACACUAAUAUUUCAACAUCACGUCCAAAUACGAGUAUUGUUACUUCACGACCCAAUACAAAUAUUGUUACAGUUAACCCAAAAACUCUCCAAGUUGCUGGAAUCAGGGGACAAACAAUUACAACAGGAGCUAGAGGUGUUUCCAGUGUCUCUAAACCUAAUGUAAUUGUGGUUCAAAAGGCACAGGGCAAGAAACUAUUACAGCAGCAACAACAACAGCAACAACAAGGGCAGACUACCCCACCCAGUGCCAAGGCAGCCUCUACUACUACCAGCCCAUUUGAAAAGGAGUUUGGUAGCUUCAUACAGAAACAUGAGCCAGGUAGGGGACCAGCUGCGAGAACUGCAAUUAGAGUGACGGGACACAAGCCUAACACAGAAAAUACAGCACAGUACACUAAAAAGCAAAUUCUUGUUCAGAAGUCAGAUAUAGAUGCCAGUAAAUCGUCCCUACUAGCAGACCUAAUUCAAGCUGCAGGAAUUUACCCAGACAGUAACUCUGGCUCUAAUUCAGAUAGAGGUUCACCCGCAACUGUGGAGGAAUCUGCAACACGACAAGGGCCAGCAGUGAGUGCAGCACAGCGUAACACCUGGUUCCAGUACGAUGAAGAUGAGACACCAGUUCAGUUCCAAACUCAUUCACCAGGUGGCAGUGAAUUACAAGAGAGUGCCAGUGAUUCCGCCAUCAAGGCACUCCUUGAAAUGCAAUCUGGGGCCCCAGCUAAGGUUGUGACGCAGGUGCUAGAUGAGGAGCUGACUGGGACACAGUACCAACUGGAACAGGGAGAAGUCCUGACACUAGAGCAAGCUGCCCAGCUGCUGAAUCAUCAGUCAGGCCAGGGGGCAUCUAAAGAAGAAACUUUAAAGAUCAUACAGAAUGCUAUCAUGGAACAAAAUACUCCAUCUGAGCAACAAGAACAGGGGGGCAUCAUAAUAGAGAAUAAACCCAGUGGUGAGCUGGACCCCCAGACAGGCAUGUUUUUCCCACAAUCCUCAGCUGUUACUGUGACCACACCAAGUGUAUCUCAACCACGAGUGGUCACUUUACCUAUGGCAUCAUCAUCCAGUAAAAACGUUGAUAUCUUCAGUAGUGCUAUUGCGCAGGCUCAAAUUGACCUUGACCCAUUUCAGUUUAUUGAAGAGGAGGAGAAAGUCCCACCAGGGGGACCUAGUGCAUUGUCCCCUUCCAAAGGUGGAGCUAGUCAGACAGGAAGUACUCUUAUGAGCAUGCUAAACACUGCACCUAAAGUUGGUCAGCAGAUGACAGUUCAUACACAAGAGGGAGCCACUAAAUUAGGUGGGGCAGUGACAGUGGAGAGAGUGGAUUCUAACAUCUAUGAAGGUUACACCAGUCAGAAGUUGGAUGACCUCUCAUCUGAAGGGGGUGGAGAGGGAUCAUUCCUUAUCUCUGGGACUGCUGAGAGUGAUGCUGUUAGACUGGGGAAGAGGAAGCGAAAGGCCCCUAUUCCAGCUGAUGAGAGUCCAUCACAGUCAAGUGUUGGAGGAUGGGUGCGAGCUGCCCUAGGGCUGUUGCAACGAGUGUCACGCUACAGAGGCAUCAACAGGGACAAGGGUGAUAUCAAUGCAGCUUCAUGGUUCACUAGACCAGUCAACCCAGAGGAAGCUCCUGGUUACUAUAAAAUAAUCAAGAAUCCCAUGGACUUUGGCACAAUUAAGAGAAAACUAGAGGUUGGCCAGUACCAGAAUUUUGAGGCAUUUCACGAAGACAUGUUACUAGUGCGAGACAACUGCUACAGAUAUAACCCCCCAGGUCAUGACGCCAGGAAGGAUGGGGAGGAGGUGUUCAGUUUCUAUGAGAUAGAAUACAUUAAGAUGAUGGAGAAGUGGAGCAAUAGACAUCACCAGAUCUCUCCUGUUGGGAGCCCUAAUGUUAAAAAGUUGAAAUAUGAUAAGUCUCCAACGCAAGAUUGGGCAGCAUUGCCUCAGCAACAGUGAGGAUAUUUUACAUGUGUUCAUUUGCAAGAGUGUUUGUGUAAACUGUGCAUCAAUGCUAGUGGUACACUGGCAUGGACUAUAUUUGGAUAUGAGAGUGUAAACUGAAACAAUUAUCAUGUACAGUGUGAAACACCCGAAGAAUAUACAAAUAAAUUGUUUAAAUUAUUAUGUACAUUUAUGUCUUUAUGUAUGGAUUAGUUAAUA